UAUUAUAAUACUAUUUUAGAGCUAUAGAUCCUCAGCAGGAGGAUACAUAUAGUUUUUUUUUUGUUGUAAUACAUAUAUAUGAAAUCUCUCCGUCCCCUGUACGUCCAGAUUAAACAUGCUACGAGUGAGAUCUGUCAUCUGUCAGUCUUGGAAGGGGUUCAAGACCUUCUCGUGUGCAGCUGUGGAGGUGAAGAAUGAGCCCGUGCUCGGGUUUAAAGAAGGCAGUAAAGAGAGAUCAGAACUGGAGAAGGCGUUACAAAACCUGAAGGGAAAGACAGAAGAGAUUCCAUGUGUGAUUGGAAAUGAAGAAGUGUGGACCAAAGAUAUCAGAUACCAGCUGUCUCCCUUCAACCACUCUCAAAAAGUGUCCAAGUUCUGCUACGCUGAUAAGGAGCUGAUAAAUAAAGCCAUUGAGGCCUCAGUAGCUGCUCGGAGGGAAUGGGAUCUGAAACCGGUUGCAGAUCGAGCCCAGAUCUUCUUCAAAGCUGCUGACGUCAUCAGUGGACCCGAGAGAGCAGACGUUCUGGCCAAGACCAUGAUCGGACAGGGUAAGACUGUGGUCCAGGCUGAGAUCGACGCUGCUGCAGAACUCAUUGACUUCUUCAGGUUCAAUGCCAAACAUGCGAUCGAGCUGGAACACCAGCAGCCGUUGGACAGCGAUGGAAGUACCAACACAAUGCUGUACCGCGGAUUGGAGGGAUUUGUAGCUGCUGUUGCACCAUUCAACUUCACAGCGAUUGGUGGAAACCUUGCCGGCACCCCUGCCAUCAUGGGUAACGUGGUGUUGUGGAAACCCAGUGACACGGCCAUGUCCGCCAGCUACGCCGUCUAUAAGAUCCUGAGAGAGUCUGGAUUGCCACCCAAUAUCAUCCAGUUUGUCCCAGCUGACGGCCCAGUGUUUGGAGACGCCAUCACGUCCUCUGAGCACCUGGCUGGCAUUAACUUCACUGGCAGUGUCCCAACCUUUAAACGGUUGUGGAAGCAGGUCGCCCAGAAUCUGGAUAUCUACAGGAAUUUCCCUCGUGUCGCUGGAGAAUGCGGUGGCAAGAACUUCCACUUUGUGCACAAGUCCGCAGACGUUAACAGUGUGGUGACCGGCACCAUCCGCUCAGCGUUUGAGUACGGAGGGCAGAAGUGUUCGGCCUGCUCCAGGAUGUACGUGCCAGACUCACUGUGGCCUCAGAUCAAACAGGGACUCCUGGAUGUGCACAAACUGAUCAAAAUGGGAGACCCAGUCGAAGAUUUCGGCACUUUCCUCUCAGCAGUUAUCGACGACAAGUCCUUCUCCAGGAACAAGAAAUAUCUGGAACAUGCCAGAUCCUCUCCACAUCUGAAGAUCAUCGCUGGAGGAAACUGUGAUGAUAAAAAAGGAUAUUUCGUGGAACCCACAAUCAUUGAAACCACCGACGCACAAGAGAAAAUCAUGAACGAGGAGAUCUUUGGGCCCAUCCUCACAGUUUACGUUUACCCUGAAUCUGACUACAAGAAGGUCCUGCACUUAAUAGACAAUACUUCUCCGUAUGCCCUGACAGGAGCCGUCUUUGCCCAAGACAAGGCUGUUAUUGAUGUGGCAGGAAAGGUCUUGAGAAAUGCUGCUGGAAACUAUUACAUCAAUGACAAAUCUACAGGAUCCAUUGUGGCCCAGCAGCCAUUUGGUGGCGCCAGAGCAUCAGGCACCAACGACAAGCCCGGUGGCCCACACUAUGUCCUCCGAUGGACGUCCCCACAGGUUGUCAAGCAGACCUACUCGCCACUUACAGAAUGGAAAUAUCCCUACAUGGGCUAAGAGAUCAUGACCGUACCGCCCUGAACCCUGAAUCCCUCCAUCAAGACUCGUAAAGCAAUCAAAGCCCUUCUUAAUAGUCCCAUCAUGCUGAAAACGCAGUUGAGAGGGCUGUUAGA